AUGGUCAAGAUCCUGCUCUACACAGAAGAGGAGGAGGAGGAAGAGGGGGAGGAAGAGAAGGAGGAGGAAGAGGAGGAGGAGGAAGAGCAGGAGGAGGAGAAGGAGACGGGGCUCUGUGUUGGGGGUGACUGUGAGCGUGGCCUGGACAGAGUCACAUGCUGUGGCUGUGCUCGGGGCAGAUCCGGUCCCUCCAUAACCUGCUCCUCCUCAUCACCUCCAUCUCCACCUCACCUCCUCAUCAUCACCUCAUCAUCACCUCCUCCUCAUCACCUCCUCACCUCUUCCUCAUCACCUCCUCCUCAUCACCUCCUCAUCAUCACCUCAUCAUCACCUCCUCAUCAUCACCUCCUCCUCAUCACCUCCUCACCUCCUCCUCAUCACCUCCUCAUCAUCACCUCCUCAUCCCCUCCUCAUCAUCACCUCCUCAUCACCUCCUCCUCAUCACCUCCUCAUCUCCUCACCAUCACCUCCUCCUCCUCCUCAUCACCUCCUCCUCAUCACCUCCUCAUCACCUCCUCAUCACCUCCUCAUCAUCAGCUCCUCACCUCCUCAUCACCUCCUCAUCAUCAGCUCCUCACCUCCUCCUCAUCACCUCCUCAUCACCUCCUCAUCAUCACCUCCUCAUCACCUCCUCAUCAUCACCUCCUCAUCCCCUCCUCAUCAUCACCUCCUCACCUCCUCCUCAUCACCUCCUCCUCAUCACCUCCUCAUCACCUCCUCAUCACCUCCUCAUCAUCACCUCCUCCCACCUCAUCACCUCCUCCCUCCUCCUCAUCACCUCCUCCUCCAUCACCUCCACCUCACCUCCUCAUCAUCACCUCUUCACCUCCUCCUCCAUCACCUCCUCCUCACCUCCUCCAUCACCUCCUCCUCUACUCCUCCAUCACCUCCUCCUCCACCUCAGUGUCUCUUGCCUCAGAUCCACCGACUCCAUAA